ACUAUACAAAUGAUAAUAUUAAAUGGUAACAUUACAUAUGUACAUAUUUCCUAUAUUAUAUAUAAAUGAAAUGUUAUGUGGAAAAAAUCCAUUAUGUGUGUGUGCGUGCGCGCGCAUAUGAGUAUAAUAGAUUAAAGGCUGUAACAAAAUCAAAUCACGUAUUCUUGUACAAUAUGCAUUUUUAUUUUUUAAUACAAUAAUUUAAAAAAUUUGAUAAUAUAAAAGUUUUUAAAUGGAAAAUUAAAAUUAAAAAAAGUUAAAUUUAAAUGAAACAAAUUUUAAAUAAAAUCUCAGUUUAUAUUGUUUUGUUCUCUUGCAUACAUAUGCUGCUGAUGUCGAUGCCUUUAUUUGGCUGAUUGUAAUGCUUCUGAUACAUAAAAUUUAAAUUUAAAAAUUAUUAAUUUAAAAUGUGUAAAAGUAGUAUUUAAAAAUAAAAAUAUUUAUUGUUAAUAAUUGUUUAGUUUAGAUGUUUUGAUUGAUUGAUUGACUUAUUUAGCUUUCACAGCUAUUUCUUGUACACAAUUACUAUACAUUAUUAUACAUUAACUAUAUACUAACAUUAACUUUUCUAUAUAUAUAUAUAUAUGUAUAUAUAUAUAUAUUCUUUUAACAAUCUCUUAAACGCUACUAGUUCUCUACAUUUCUUAAUCACCGUGGGUAAAGAAUUAUACAUUUUUAUACCUUUAUAAAAAAAAGGCUUUUUUGAGCACUUCAGUUUUACGAAAAAUUACUACUAAGUUUCUUGUCUGCCUUAUUUGUUUAUCGUAUUGCUUUCCUACUAUUUCUAGUUUAUUAUUUAACGCCACCGAAGCCAUGACAUUUAAUAUUUUAAAGAUAAAUACAUUAACGUUAGAACACAACUGUUGUUUUAUAGACAUGAACUGUAUCGCCUGUAGCAUGUGUUCAAUUUUGGUAAAUCUAUUGCAUUGCAGAAUUACUUUCAUGCAGAAUUACUCUUGGUUUUGAGCUAUCUGACGUUUAUUCAAUUGCAUUUCACCCAUCCCAACUAAUAGUGUAGUACAGUACUCGAAAUGAGGCGCUAUGAUGGACUUGUACACAAUACAUCUAGUGUAUGCUGAUACAAAGCUACCUAUUCUAUUUAAAAAGCUAGUUUUUUUUCCUAUUUUUUUUAAGUACAUAAUUGCAGUGGUCUUGAAAUCUAAAUCUAUCGUCUAAAAUUAUACCUAAAUAUUUCGUGCUACACGCUCUAUUUCAAUUCCAUCCAGAUACUUUACCGCAGUAUUACCUCUUAAUUCUUUUCUAAUACUUUUAUCAUAUAUUUUGUUUUAUCUGCAUUUAUUUUUAACUUAUUUAUAUUCAUCCAUUGUUCGAUUACAUUAAAAGCUGUAUUUAUUUUUAUCUUUACAUCCGCACUACUUUUUUUACUUACAUAUAUAAGUGUGACGUCGGCAAACAUUUUUAUAUUGCACCCUUUUGGACAGACUUCAAUUAUAUCAUUUAUAUAUACUAUAAAUAGCAAAGGUCCUAGUACUGAACUUUGUGGCACUCCAUAUUCUAUAGUCAAUAAUUUAGACCAUAUCUGAUUGAAUUGCACCUGUUGUUUCCUAUUAUUUAAGUAUGAUUUGAACCACUCUAAAGCCAUUCUUCUAAUUCCGUAUUGAUACAUUUUUUUUAACAAUCUUUAUCUAUUGUUUCAAACGUUCUCUUAAGAUCCAUGAAGAUUACUCCAUUUUUCCUUUGUUUACUAUUAAUUUCCAUUAGUUUAUGACAGAUUGAAUUGCUGUUUUACACGAAUAAUAUUUUCUAAACCUCAUCUGAUGUUCUGUUAUAAUACCGUUUGUUUCCAAGUAUGUUUCAAGUUGUUCUUUUACUACUAAUUCUAGCAUUUUCUCAUAUAUUGGUAACAUUAAUAAACUUUUAUUUGCUUGCUUUUUCCGUUUUAUCUAUCUUUGGGAUCGGUAUUAUGGUAGAGGUUUUCUAACCUUCCGGAUAGUGACCAUCUCUUAAAGAAUUGUUUAUUAAAAUCGCAAAUUCUUUUUUUAUUACAGAAAACAUUGUCUUUAAUAUAUCACUAGUUAUCUUCCUUUCUUUUUUGGUAAUCCCAUAAUGACUUCUAGCUGCUCUAGUAUAACAACCUAAAAACUUUCUAUAAUUCCUUUGUUUUUGAUAAUAUAGUUUUCUUAUUUAUAUUCAUCCAAUAUUCAAUUAUAUUACUGCCGGAUCUAUCUACCUUUAUAGAGUUUAUUAAUACUUUGUAUAUAAUAUAAAUUAAAUUUAUCAGUUAUAUUGCACUUUUUGCUCUGGCCUAAAAUCUCAAAAUCUAUAUUUCCUACUUCUUUUACACCUACUAGGUAGCCCUUAAUUACUUCUUUCUAGGGUUUUUACAUAGUCGAAGAAUUUUCUUUAUUAAGAUCUAUCAUAUUUUCGUAAUAUUCUUUCUUUUUUUCCCUUAUUAAUUUUACUACUCCAUUUCUUUCAAUUUUAUACUGUGACCAAUUUUGUUCGGUAUUGUCAUACAAUGCUUUCUUAUAUACUUCAUCCCUCCUAUCCGCAGCCUCUUUUAUUGCAUUUGAGAACCAUUUUUUCCCCUCAUACUUUUGGAGUUCUAAAUUUUUUCUUCGGUGCCAUUACAUCUAACACAUCUACUAUACUAUUAACAAAUUUUUUCGCUCUUUCACUCACACUCAUACAUGUACAUUGCCAUCUCUGACUUUCCUGUAAUUUGUUUUUUUACUAAUAUAACAAAUUCAUCUUCAUCGAACUCUUUGUAAUUUCUAGCACUAAAUUCCCUGUAUUUCAAUUUUACUCACAUUCAACUCUACUUUCAGCUACGCAUGGUCCGUAAUCUUAGGUUCAUGAAUUACUUGUACUAUUUUAUUAUUAUUAGAGAAAAUUAAAUUUAUAAUUGUGACUGUCUUUUGUAACUCUUGUUGGUUCGUUCACAUACUGUUUCAUACCUAAGCUUAACAUUGUUUUUUGCGAUUUCUUCGCGUAAAACGAGUCCGUCAUAAGAUCUAUUUAAAAUCUCCUAUUACCAUGCAUUCUCCCUUUAUUAUUAAUUUUUCUAUUAUAUCCUCAAAAAAUCUCAUGAAAUCCCCGUGCGAUGCGCUUGGUGAGUGAUAUAUUACCAUUAUCACUCCUUUAUAUAGUUUUUCUUUCAUUUCUAUUGCAGCACACCAACAAUUUGAUUCUAACUUUUUUAUUAAUACUACUUCAUAUCUAAUAUCGUCUCUUAUAUAUAUAAUAACUCCCCCUUCCUAUUUUCGCCAUCACAUCUAACUACAGUGUAAUCCGGCACAUUUACUUCACUGUCUUCUAUCUCACUAAUCAGCCUGGUUUCCGACGUCGCUAUCAUCACAGGAUUUAUCCUCUUCAUAACCUGAUGUUGCAGUUCGUCUAUGUGCGCUGAUCUGUCGAGUAAUAGAUUAGAACCUAAUAUGGAAGACGUACCAGUGCCCUCAGAAAAUACAUUUGAUGUGACAUUACCAGCGGCACAUUCUUAUUUAGGACAAAAUUUAGAGGAACUAAGAGGAAGGACUUUAUUGGAUGAUGGCAUUUAUAUGAAUCUACCAUUAUUAGUAAAACAGUCUGUGUUAUUCCCUGGACAAACGUUGCCCAUGACAGUUUUUGGCACGCAGACUAUAGAGAUGUUACAAGCUUGUAUACAAAACGAUCGUACUUUUGGUGUUGUGUGUUACGGUUAUCCAGAGAUGGAACGAAUAGGAACAACUGCGGAGAUCUAUGAAUACACGGACGGAAGUACAUGGUUGGAUCAUGGUCGGCGAGAGUUUCGUUUAAAAGCUAAAGGCAGACAACGCUUUAAGAUAUUACGUAUUAUUUCACAGGAUAACAACAAAAUUUCGGCCAAUGUUAAAGUGUUACCAGAGAUAACACUUGAGCCACCGUUUUUGGACCAACGCUUAGCCUCAUUAGAUCAUUUAAGAAUUUCUGUCGAGUCUGAAGAAGACAUGAAAAAGCAGGAGAGAGUAGAAAAUUUGGAUGCUGCUGUAACUGCUUGGCCGGCUUGGGUUUAUAGACAAUAUGAUCCUACAAGGCUCUCUUUUAAAAUACGUCAACAUUUACAAUUUCUUGAAACAAGAGGUGGUAGUGUACCUAAAGAUCCCAUAGAUUUGUCUUUUUGGGUUGCACAAAAUAUCCUAAUGGAUCACAAUGAGAGACUCAUGCUGUUAACUUAUGAUUGUGCUAUUUCUCGCUUACAAAGAGAAAUAAAAUAUCUUGUAGAGGAUAAGAUAUAUGUAUGUGUUAAUUGUGAAUCCUUUAUUGGGCGACAGUCACACAUGUUCCCAAUGAAUAAAGAAGGCCCGCAGGGUACUUACGUCAAUCCCGGUGGUGUUAUACAUGAAACUAUAACUUUUUAUCAUGUUCAAGGAGUUGUACUUAACAAUUCGGAUCCUUCGACAGAAUAUAGUUGGUUUCCAGGAUAUGCUUGGACAAUAGCUAUCUGUAAAAGCUGCCGUCAUCAUGUCGGUUGGAAGUUCACAGCAGUGCAAAAUAAUUUAAGGCCCAAGGAAUUUUGGGGUCUAACACGCAGGAGUUUGAAAAAUAAAGACUUGAAAGUUAAGAAGAAAAAAUAAAAAGAAUCAAAAUAUGAAUGUACAUUAGGCGUCGUAAAUGUCUACAUUGCAGUGAAUAGAUAAUUUUUAAAGUAGUAU